AUGGCGAAGAAGAGCUCCUCCAGAAAGUCCCUGAAAAAUUGGUUCUCCCGGAGCGAGGCCAACCUGGACGAGUCUGUGCAGCGGGAGGACGCAGCAGCAGCUGCUGGAGCAUCGAGCAAACAUGAGGGAGAGAAAAAGAAGUUCAAGUUCCCGAAGCUCCGGCUGAAGCCGAAGAGCAGCGCGGGCCCGGAGAGGUCGGCCGGCGGCAGCUCGGAGGUGCUCAGAUGUGAUGACAGCUCAUGGUUAUUAAUGGAGCGUCCCUGUGAGACUCUGAGGACCCUGCUCAGACCCACAGUCAAGCCGAAGUCACAGGAGUCGCAGUUCACUGGGAAGAAUGGUUUUUUGGCUCGACUAAUUCCACAUGUCCCUGUCGCUCUCAGUGUCGCCGAGCCCGUCGACACAGCUGAGGAUGCUGAGGCCUGGGAGGAGAAGGUCGUCCUGGACCGCAAGAGUGCGUCCCUCUACGCCACCGCACCCAGGUCAAAGAGCAAAGAAUUAAGCUACUCGGAGUUGGACCUCCGCAAGCCCAAGAGGUUUGCCACCUUUUCCUUUGGUCUUAAAAAGAGGAAGAGGAAGGAUGAAGAGAAACUCUCCAAGAGCACGUUUGUUCUUCACAGUCCACCCAUCGAUGAGCAAGAGGAGACCACGAUGGACCUCAGUGAGAUGGAGCUGGAUCAGGGCCACGUGAAGACGAUGUUCAGUUUGUCUCAGCCGGAGCUCGUCACCCGCAAAAGGUUCGACAUCCCGUCUCCUCCCCCCGUGGCCGCAAAACAAUCAGAGCCACACUUCCCUCUCCCCGACCAAUCACAGUCAGUCGUCAGCGUGAACACCCAUCCUGAACCCCGGGAGCCUCUGAACCUCUCCGAUCGGUUCCAUGUGGACGAGGAUUUACCGAAAGCACCGAUAGCUUCCAUUCCUGAGCUGCAGCUAGAUGACGAGGACGUGAACAUUUCCGCUCACCACAACUUGCCCAGAGGUGGCGCCAAAUCACCUGCUCCUUUGACAGACAGCAUCCCCGUUGCUGAUACCCAGAAUGCACCGCGCCUUCCAGCCAGUCUCAGUCUGCACUCCUCAGAUCACAAUGCAGCAGUUGUCGAGUCAGUCAGUGAAAGUGAUGUCCUCCAGCAGUCUCACACAAACACUGACAUCUCUCCUCCGGAAUCCACCAGAGUUCCGUUAUCACAGCAUCAUCCUGUAGCCUCUGGCGUCACGGCCCCGAGCUCCGGCCGUGAAGACGUCUCGGUUUCUCACGCCGAGAGAUCUUCGUUUCCCGAAGCUGCCAAAAGCGUCACCACAGCCUCGGCCGACGGCGGAGCACGGAGCCCUCCCAGUCAGGCUGUGGUUUACGGGGAACUGUACGAUUCACUUUUCCCUCAGAGUUUCUCCUCUGAGGUGACGUCAUCCCUCUCCUACCCUCCUCCCUCCCCUCUUCUCAUCCACACGGAGAGGAUAGAGGUGAACUCCACACUGGAGCCUGCCCUGGUGAAAACCCAGAGUGUUGUCUCCUCUCACCUGUCGUCCUCACACACUCGCAGACUGGACGAUGCAGAAAGUAGAUCAACCAGCACACGUGUCGACCCUCGUGAUUCUCAAAUGGACGCAAACGCCUAUCGUCCUUCCUCUCUCGUCUUUAAAGACAUUCCUUCUUCAGAGAGGACCCGCUCGGUUUCCAAUGUGAAAUCAGACGGUGUUGGUCUCGUCCAGGACACAGUCAGGUCAGCCCCCACGGUUCAGAGCCCUCCCCCACAGGUCUCUGGCUAUGCAGCCUCCCCUGGGGCCGGGACUCAGGUUACUGCCUCCAAACAGAGGGUGAUCCUUGUGAAAGAGUUAGUCACAGAGGAAGCAAGCGCCGACUCCGCUUGUGUCUCUCCUGUCCCGGACAAAAUGAACGCACUCGAGAGUCUCGAGAUACAGAUCGAUACGACCGAGUUCUUAUAUGCUGCUUCCGGUGCAGGGCCGAGGGAGGGGAGCGAGGGGCCUCUGAGCCCAGCGUACCUGAGCGUGGGAUCGGAUGAUGGCAGCGUCAUGGAGGUGUACUACAGCGCCGAGGAGAACAACCAGGAGGAGGAGGAGGAGGAGAGCGAGGAAGAGGAGAUGUACACGAUGUACGAAAGAGAGGAGGUGGACAGUUUGAAAGAGAGGGAGUGGGGGGAGGUCGUAGAGACGGGGAGAAGCGAGAGAGGUGAGGGAGAAUUCAGGGUGGUGAUUGUUAAAAUGCAGAGCGAGGAAGAAGACGAGGGGAACGACGAGGAUCUCCUCAGCCAAACUGAAGAGGAGCUGCAUCAACCGAUGGGUCACGUGGAGGAGACUCUGGUGCCAGAAAGUGAGAUGCUUGAGGAUUUGUGGAGCAAUGAUGCAAAGAGGCAGGAGACAGAAGUAGCACAUGCAGAGUUAUCACAGAUCAAAGAGGAGGAGGAGGAGGUGGAGGAGGAGAUGCACACGAUGCACGAAAGAGAGGAGGUGGACGGUUUAAAAGAGAGGGAGUGGGGGGAGGUCGUAGAGACGGGGAGAAGUGAGAGAGGUGAGGGAGAAUUCAGGGUGGUGAUUGUUAAAACGCAGAGCGAGGAAGGUGACGAGGAUCUCAUCAGCCAAACUGAAGAGGAGCAGCAUCAACCGAUGGGUCACAAGGAGGAAGAGACUCAAGUGCCAGAAAGCGAGAUGCUUGAGUAUGUGUUGAGCAAUGAUGCAAAGAGGCAGGAGACAGAAGUAGCACCUGCAGUGUUAUCACAGAUUAAAGAGGUGGAGGAGGAGGUGGAGGAGGAGGGUAGGGAGGAGGGUAAGGAGGCCUCACUGGCCACACCGGUUCAGCAGGUGAUGGUAUGCAGGGUUGCUCCACCCUCCAGUGAGCCGCCGCAUGUGCAGGGGGUGUGUUCUGAGCGAAACUGGACCGGGGACCUGGAAACAGAAGACCACCUCAUCGUAGAGAAUCAGCUCCCGAGCCAGGAGACAGAGUGUCAGGUGUCCGAAGACGACAGGAGUCCUCUGUGUGAACCUGCUGCUCCCUGCCACACCGGGGAGGAAGAUGUGAUCACUCCCACGGGCAGAGAGGAACAAGUUUCACCAGGUGAGGACGAGCGAGGAGAAGCGGGCACAGACAUCCACAGCAGUGCCGACUCAGAUCCCUCAGCCGGAGCAGAGGUUCUCAUUCCGACUCACAGCCCCGAGCUGCAAUCAGACGCCACAGAGAUUGGGCACAGCAGCGAUCAGCAGCGUAGCGAGUGGGAGGAUACGAUUACAGGGCGCGAGGACAAAAAGAGGACGGUGCCAGGACAGGAGGGAGUCGAGCUGUCAACCCCGAGUGCAGACACACACCGACCUGAUCCGGGACCUGCAGGGGAGUCCUCUGAGGGCCACGAGCAUCCGGCAGCAGCUGAGCCGGACCUGACUUCAGGGUCCCCGACGUCUUCGAGGACAGACGCAGCAGCUCCAGAGAGUCGGCAGACGGACGUCGACCAGGACACGCUGGACAAGAUGGAUUCAGGCUACAGCAGCCUGAACACCAAACUGACCAUAAGGAGCUUGUCUUCCCUGGAAGAGGACGAGUCCAAACAGCGUUUCCAUAAAAUGUCUCUGAUCCCUGAGGCUGACGGCCGAGGACAGGACACGGUGGACUCAACUGAGUCCAAUGGAACAGACGUGGGCUCAGACUACACCUGGAGGAACAGAUUUGAGGGCGUUUCACAGUACAAACCAUACCAGGUACAGGAUUCCUCUUUUUCUGACUCUCAGACUUACACAUUGUCUGACACUUACUCCAGCCCCCACUCCUCCUCCUCCUCCUCCAUCUCCUCCGCCUACUCCACUCUCCCCGGGGCUACAGUGUACAAACCUCUGAGCGACAGCCUCUCCUCCACCGCCUCCUCCUACUCCCCCGCUCCGGAGGAACACUCGAGCCUGAGCUACAGGCUCAGAGACGACACCGAAGUCGACCUGAGGCGCGAGAGCGAGUCAGCGGGAGAAGCCAGAUAUGAUUGGAGGAGGAGGAGCCUGGUGGAGCAGGAGGAGCCAGCUGCACCUGCGGGUGAAGCAGAGAGACGGAGGGAGGGAGAGGCAGAGAGGCUAAAGUCACCCUGGGACUCACAGCAGCUCCCUGUGUUCGGCUUCUCCUCGGCCCUGCACACCAGCCACACCGACGGGUUCCCACACGACGACAACCAGCCCUCUGAGUUCACUGGGUUGUUUAAAGCCACACUGGUGGAGCUGGACUGCGAGCCUGCAGCUCCCCCGUCCACUCCCCCGGCCUCCCCCGAGGCAGACUCCUCCAACCAGCUGGAAAUGGACAACCUGGUGGACACCCUGAAGAACAUGGGACCCUCCUUCCGGCCCAGGUCUAAUGGCGUGCGGGCACCUGUCCCGACCCUGAUGUCCUCGCUGCCUCCCAUUGUGGAGGAUGCUCCCAGCCCCAUCUCCCCUCACCUCCCUGCCUCCCUCACCCGCCCCAUCUCCCUUCUCCUCCCUGCCUCCCUCACCAGCCCCAACGCCCUUCACCUCCCUGCCUCCAUCACCAGCCCUGUGAAAACGAUGGAAACCAACGGCUCCGACAAGCUGGAUGGGAUUUUCUCUCUGCCUCCUGAGCUGGGACUGAAGAGGAACUUCCUCAGAGACAACCGAUCACCACUGGAGCUGCUGAAGACCCAGCAGGACCAGCAGCCAGGAAAACGUAAUGCUUUAAGAAGAUCCUCUGACUCUUUCCUUGAGGACUUAAAAUCCCCGUUGCUGAAUGGAAACGGAAUAUCCCCCCCGCCCAGCACAGGCUCUCGCCUCGACAACAGCCUCAUCUACGGAGGCUACAGGUCAUCGUCCAUAGAUCAGACGAUGGAGAACGGAAAAUCCCAUCGUUCACUCUUCCGCAGCGGCUCGCUACCGGACACGGGGCCUUCAAGCAAUCGCCUGAGUGUGGGACAGAAGGAACUCGGUGAACCAGCAGGGUCCCGCUUCGAGCGCUUCUCCUUCCUGGCAAACUCCUCCUCCUCCUCGUCAGGCUCCUUGACCGGAUCCGAAGACCUCAACGGCCGAAUGAGUCGCCCACCGCAGCCCAACUUCGGUUCCCCACCUCCCAGUAACAGUCCCACCCGCCUCCUCAGCCCCUCGGGCUCCAUAGACCUUCACAGGUCGUUCACAUCCACAGACUCCCCACUAUCCAUGUUUGGCCAGACCCAGGGGAUGGGGAUCGGUGCCGGGGCUGGGACCACGCCGCCGCCCCCCCUGCAGAGGAGCUUCAGCACCGACGGCCCCGGGGGGGUCCAGCAGACGUCACUGUUCAACAGCAUGUAUGGGGGGUCUCGGUUCCAGAGCAAGGAGCCUGAGCCCGACAGGAAUCAGGCGCCAAAAUACAGAGCCUUCCCUGAUGCUUACCUCACAAAAGCGAAGGAGCACGGGAAGCUCAAUCCUCGUCCUGGAAAGAUGUAUAUCUUCGACCGACCGGGGAUGUGCGGCCAGAGGAUCGAGGUGCGCAGUGAUGUCACAGACGCUACGUCCUGGGAGCUGCAGGACACCAUCUCCAUCCGGGUCAUCAGAGGAGGAUGGGUGAUGUACGAGAAACCCAACUUCAAAGGGGAAAAAUACGCUCUGGACGAGGGCGACAUCGAGCUCUCCUGCCCCUUCAGCCCCCCGGAGGAGGAGCAGCUGCAGAACGGACAGAGGGAGAACGGACAGAAGGAGGAGGUGGAGGGCAAAGGGCAGAACGGAGAGACGGGCGAUGAGCAGACGGAGACAGCACCGACCAGGAAGUUCAUCAUCGGAUCUCUGCGACGAGCCGUCAGGGAUUACAGCGUCCCAGAAAUCGGUCUCUUCCCAGAGGAAAACGCCGAGGGGAAGAAGGUCACCUUCAGAGACACCUCUGACGACGCCAGGAUCUUUGGCUUCCCCAUUAAGGCCACCUCCAUCAUCAUCAAUGCUGGACUAUGGCUUGUGUACGCGGAGCCCUUCUUCCAGGGCGUACCACGUGUCCUGGAGGUGGGGGGUUACUCCAACCCUGCAGCCUGGGGUGUGGAUCAUCCGUAUGUGGGAUCCGUGCACCCGCUCAAAAUAGGAGAACCACGAGUGGAAAAUCUGUCUGAACCAAAGCUGGAGAUCUUCGACAAGCCGUACUUCUGCGGGAAGUCGAGGACGAUCACCACCAACGCCAGAGACUUCAUGACCAGAAUAGACCGGCAGCAGACGGCCUUCAUGUACAAUGUGGGCUCCCUCAAAGUGCACGGAGGAAUCUGGGUGGGCUACGAGAAGGAGGGCUACCGAGGCCACCAGUACCUGCUGGAGGAGGGGGAGUACCAGGACUGGAGGGUGUGGGGGGGCUGCGAUGCCGAGCUCCGCUCCAUCAGGGUGAUACAAGCUGACCUGUCCGACCCCCUGAUGGUGAUGUUCGAGCAGCCGGAGGAGGACCAGGAGGGCGAGGAGAACACCUUCGAGGUGAACGAGGCCAUUCCCGACGUGGAGCUGUUCAACUUCAAAACGUCCACGCGCUCCAUCCACGUGGUCAGCGGGGCAUGGGUGGCCUACUCCCACGUGGACUUCUCUGGGAACCAGUACAUCUUGGAGAAAGGUUUCUACAACAACAGCGCUGACUGGGGCUCUCAGGAGCCUCGCAUCUGCUCCGUGCAGCCCAUCCUCCUGGCUCCGCGUGACACCUCGAAGACCCGGAACCAGAUCGUUCUUUUCUCGGAGCCAGAUUUCCAGGGCCAGUGUCACAUCUUCGACCGCAACCAGGAGGCGCUGUCCGAGAAGUUCCUGACCAAGUCCUGCCGAUUGGUCAGCGGAAGCUGGGUGCUCUACGAGAGCGAGAAGCACUCUGGGAACUUGUACGUCUUACAUGAAGGAGAUUACCCCAAUUUAAUCAGCAUGGGCUGCCCCCCCGGCUGCAACGUCCGCUCCGUCAAGGUCGUGCCGAUGAUGUUCUCCAUUCCCUCCCUCUCCCUGUUCGGCCUCGAGUGUCUGGAGGGCAGAGAGAUCACCACGGAGUCGGAGAUCAUCAGCAUGGCCGGCGAGGGCUUCAACAACCACAUCCUGUCGGUCAGGGUCAACAGCGGCUGUUGGGUGAUAUGUGAACACAGCAACUACAGGGGGCGCCAGUUCCUCCUGGAGCCCAUCGAAAUCACCAACUGGCCAAAGUUUAGCUCGCUGUCGACGAUUGGCUCCGUGUAUCCGGUCGUACAGAAGCGACAGUUCUUCCGCAUCAAGAACGCGGAGAGCGGCCUCCCCAUGUCCGUCCAGGGCGGCGGGGAGGAGAUGAAGUCGGGACGAGUGCUGGUGACGGAGGAGGUGGAGCCGAUGACUGACAUCUGGUUCUAUCAGGACGGAUUCAUCAAGAAUAAGCUGGCCACGACCAUGAGUCUCCAGGUGAUGGGAAACAUUGAGCCGGCAGCCAAGGUGGUUCUGUGGUCAGAGACUCGGCAGCCAAUCCAGAGCUGGACGACCAAGAUGAGAGGCCUCAUCACCAGCCUCACCUUCCCUGGCAUGGUCCUGGAUGUCAAAGGUGGAAAAACCUACGACAAGGACCAUGUGGUGAUCAUGCCAGAGAACGAUGAGAGGCCGAGUCAGCAGUGGGAGAUCGAGCUGCUAUAAUAAACCUCAUAUUCCUCUUGACUCAUUUCAGCAGUGCUUCAUCGACGGGGCCUUUCUUUCUAUCUGCAAAAAUAUUCCCUUAACAUUGUGCGCUGUGGGAACCGACCGCUGUCACUGUCAGUUUAUUUAAGUGCCUUUUACUUCUGUAUGAACUCCCCUGAUCCGUGUCACACGUGUAAACACAAACAACACGAGGCCGGAGUUUCGAUGGUUCCUGUCGGUGUCUCGAGCUGCUGGAGCGACUGGUGUCAUCAGGAGCUAAAAAAAAAUUCAGAUUUAAUGUAUUUCUCCAGAUGUACUGAGCUGCACGGACCCGCCCACUCUCUCGUGUCCAGAGAUCAGGAGCACAGGUUCACCUCCUCCACCACUUUGACCUUGAACUCAUCAUUUACCUACAAUUUGUAUAUUCAAACCCACAGAAUCUCCCUGUUCAUAUCUCCCCAGGCUUGUGCUAUUCCCUCAUAGCUGUGUUUAUGGUGUAGAAAAAGCAGGUUUUUAAUAACAAUAACUUCUGGACGUUAUUUUCCUACUGAGACGUUCUACAGAUGGAGAAUGAAUAAAGCCAAAUGGAUGUGAAACAUGCAAGAAAUUCAUGUUCCUCUUUUAAAAGAUAUUUUUAUAUGCUGUACAUGUAUCGUAUUGUUUUGUGGGAAGUGUUGCAGUUAUGUAUACAUAGAGAAUAUCAUAUUAUUGACUAAAUGGGUUGUACGUGUUCAGUGUCUGUCCAGUUUCUCUGUUUCCUUGUUUUUAUUGUUCUUUAUUUGUCGAGUUGUUAUCAGCUGUAUGUUAAUAUUUGAUACUAAAUAUAUAUAAAAUGUCAAAUGUGAUGUUAAAGGGAGUGGUUUUAAAAUACUGAAAACAAAAAUAAACACAUUAAAACAAA